AUGGAUGAGAGUUUGGUUGUGCUGCUUCUGCUCUCAGGGCUCUUCUGCAGCAGUUCUGCUGUUUCUCGUCAGUAUAACUAUAUAAACAUGCGUAUGUCAUGGUCAGAUGCUCAGAGUUACUGCAGAGAGAGAUUCACUGAUCUGGCUACUGUAGACAACAUGGAUGAUGUGAACAGGUUGAUAAAUACAGUGGAUGCAGGAUACAGUGGAUCAGUGUGGAUUGGACUGAAGAGAGUGAUACCGAAACGCUGGGUUUGGUCGAAUGGAGAUGAUACAAUCGCACAGUACAGCAACUGGGGUCCAGGAGAACCAGGCAGUGGAAAUGAUUGUGUUAUUCUCAACCUAACUUGGUCAACGGCAAAAUGUUCAGAUUUGAAUCUCGCCUUAUGCCUAAAUCGUGAGUUAAAUGUUUUUUAUAUUAAAACACUAUAUUCCAAAGGUUUCUAUGCUGUAUCAAUAUAUCAGAUGAACUGGCUGGAUGCUCAGACUUAUUGCAGAAAGAAUUUCAGAGAUCUGGUCACCAUUAGCAACUCUAAUAAUGACAAGUUUGCAAACAGCAUGGUGAUCAUGUCGAGAUCACCUGCAUGGAUCGGUCUGUUCCGGGACUCUUGGGAAUGGUCUGACAAAUGGAGUCGCUCCUUCAGAUACUGGGCAGCAGGUCAACCAACCCAGAGUGCAGAAUCUGGUGACUGUGUGGGCAUGACAAGAAAGAAUUCUGGGCAAUGGGCUUCAUACAGCUGUGAUCUACAACAGCCUUUUAUCUGCCAUGGAGGGAGUAUAUUUGUGUACAUUUAUAACUAUAUAAACCUGCGUAUGUCGUGGUCAGAUGCUCAGAGUUACUGCAGAGAGAGAUUCACAGAUCUGGCUACUGUAGACACCAUGGAUGAUGUGAAGAGGCUGAUAAAUACUGUAGAUGCUGGAUACAAUGGAUCAGUGUGGAUUGGACUGAAGAGAGGGACACAGAAAUGCUGGGGUUGGUCUAAUAGAGAAGAUACACUCCCACAGCACACCAACUGGAAGUACAGACAUCUAAAAGAUGAAGAAGAAUGUGGCGAUUUUGCUAUUGGAGUCUGGCAGAGUUAUCCAUGCUCAUCGAAUUUACCCUUUGUUUGCUAUAGUGAAAGUAUUGGAUUGAUCAGGGUGCAGAAAUUGAAGAACUGGACUCAAGCUCAGAGCUUCUGCAGAAGGCAUUACACAGACCUGGUCAACAUCCGCAACUCUAAGGAACACAAGCAGCUCAAAAGUGUAACUCCAUUAGGAUCAUGGAUCUGGACUGGUCUCUAUCGGAAUUCUUGGGAAUGGUCUGACAAAUUGAGUCGCUUCUUCAGAUACUGGGCAGCAGGUCAACCUUCCCAGAGUGCAGGAUCUGAAGACUGCGUGGAGAAUAAAAAACCUGGAUGCACACAGACUCAUGGGGACUUGUGUCAUCUUGGAGACCAACAUUGA